AUGACUGAAACUUCAACAAGUCACUACUCGCCGCUAGGCGCUACGUAUGGGGUCAGGAUUGACCAAUUCCUCGAAACAGCCGAAGAUUUCGACAAAUAUCACGCUAAAUUGAACCGGAAAUUGCAGAAGUUGAGACACCACUGCCAGUUGACCACCAAGGACACCAAACGGUAUUCUGCCAAGGAGAAGUACUCGAAAGUGACACACGAGGAUUACGACACCAAGAAUAAACUUUUUGGAACACUUGUGCUUCUACACGCGGAACGAGACCUCGCGCUGGCAGAGACCUUGCGCUUACGCUCUCAUCAGAGAGGAUCGUUGAAAAAGUCAGAAGCUAAAGUGAUCGCUACUAGACUAAAAAAGACAUGCCAGACAUGUACCAAGCUUUUGGAACUGACUCAAAAUGAACAAAACCCUUACACGCGUGCUGAGUACCUUAUCUACCACAAAUUGGCAAUUGUUAGUCAUCUCAGUUUUGGCAAGCACUCGAAGACCAAACGCUUGGCCACGGCAUCACAAGUGGCCAAGGAGCUCAGUCUAGUGUUCUCAGCUCUUCAAUUUUUGCAGAAAAAGGAAAUUUUGAGCGCAGUAAUCGUGGAUUCCAUCACGGCCCAAUUCGACUACCUCUUGAGGCAAAGUGCAAGCAGUGAGGCGUCAUCGUCUAAAGAAUUGCGUCAUUUCGUUGCAAAACAGGUCAACGACAACGCUGAUGAACCGCUAAUCUCUUUACUGUCUCAAAACGGCCUUGAAAUGCCCUCUCUAGCUCAAGAAGGCGAAUCUGCGGCAGCUGCCGUACCUAGGGUCCAGUGGCGGAGAUUUUCUGCUGAGAUUGGAGACUCAAAGGUGGCAGAAGUUAUCUCAGAGGCCCAAACCAUUCAGCCUCAGGAUUUGUCCCAAUACAGUGAAAAACUUGCUAAGUGGCACCAGGCCCUCGACUUGCAACAGACCGUAAUGGAACAAAAGCGGAAUGAUGACAGCACCGAAAAUACCGGCGAAGACGAUGAGAUUCUACUGACCUACAUUCAGUACAACUCGCACUUUACCACGAUCGAGCGCGACGACAUAUUGUUUCACAAGCUGUGGUCGCAGUGGACGUCCUCUUCCAACAAAUCUAAAAAUCUGAAAAUCACCAAGUACAAAGAGAUCGAGCGAAUUGUGCAUAACCUUGCCACCUACUUGCAACAGGUGAUGGAUCUGCCGGGUGUUUACUCCGACGACACUCUUAUGGCCAAUUUAAAACUGGCUACCGUCUACUACCAAUUGCAUCUUUCCGCGGGCUGUUUAGCGUCUUUCUACCAGGGCCAGCAGAAAUACUUGGAGGCCCUUGCGCUUUAUUCGGACGGCCAAAAAGUUCUAGCGUCUGCUGCCCAAGACACAUCUUUGGAAGACCCGCUGCCUGGUGACAUUAUUAAUGCGAAGAAGCUUCAUGAACUCGAGGAUUUCAUCUGGAGCUCGUUGAAAAGUGUGAUCUCGCUGGCCGAAUAUGAGAAAAUUGCUUCUUCUGCUAGACAAUCCUCGCUAGAAUUGUCGGUUGUGGAGAAGUUGGACAAACAUAUCGCUCCCAAAGAUGUUUCUCUUUCGAACUUAUUCCCAUUGAGACCUAUAAUAAGGCCAAUUAGUGCCAAACCGACCCUUUUUGAUCUCGCUUUCAAUUAUAUCACCUACGAUGGCCAUUCCGAAGAGCCCGAACUAGAUGAGCCGGAGAUGGAAGCCACUCAACCUGACCAGCAAGCUCAAGCUCAAGCUCAGGUGCCAAAGAAGAAGGGACUUUUCGGUCUUUUUGGCCUUUAA